GGUUGAUUGGCAACAUUAAAUGGUCCCUACUGUGUGUACGCCGCCUUCCACCCGUGUGCAGCUGGGAUAGGCUCCAGCCCCUCGCGACCCCAAGAGGGACCGGCGGUGAGACGGAAGAACGUCUUUAAAUGGCAAACCAUUUGCGAUGCGCAUGCGCGUAGGUGUGACAGUUUGCACGCGAAGAGAGCGCGGAGGAAUUCAAGCGGCGCCCUAACUAACCUGAAAGCCGACUCACGCCUUCCGCGCCACUGCGCCGCGACUCAUGUCCGGUGUCUCCUCGCGGUCGUCCACCAUCCCGGUCCCCUCGCUCCCUCCCUGCGUCUCCGGCUGCGUGGGCAGGCUGCUGGAGGGGGGAAAUGGUCGCGUCCUCGCCCAGGAACAUUCCCGUGACGCCGCCAUUGAUCUGAGGAAAAUGGCCAUGCAGAACCUCAGCUGCCACUACAACGAGCCCAUGAGCUUCUUCUACAACAACAGCGGCGCCAACGACAAGUGGGACAAGACGCAGCUCAUUGUGGUCCAAGUGGUGGGUUCACUCUUCUGCUGCUUCAUCCUGGUCUCCAACGCCAUGGUCAUCGCCGCCGUGAUCACCAACAAGAAGUUCCACUUCCCCUUCUACUAUCUCCUGGCCAACCUGGCCGCCGCCGACUUCCUGGCGGGCAUCGCGUACAUCUACCUGAUGUUCAACACGGGCGAGGUGUCGCGGAAGCUGACGGUGAAAGGCUACUUCAUCCGCCAAGGUCUGCUGGACAUCAGCCUGUCCGCCUCGCUGGCCAACCUGCUGGUCAUCGCGCUGGAGCGCUACAUCGCCGUCAUGAACCUCAAAGUCCACAGCAACCUGACCAAGAGGAGGGUGACCCUGCUCAUGGUCCUGGUGUGGGCCAUCUCCAUCCUGAUGGGGGCCGUGCCCAGUCUGGGCUGGAACUGCACCUGCAACCUGAGCGACUGCUCCCAGCUGGCGCCCCUGUUCAGCAGGAGCUACCUGGUCUUCUGGUCCGUGUCCAACCUGGUGGUCUUCCUGGUGAUGGUGGCCAUCUACAUGAGGAUCUACGCCUUCGUCAAGAUGAGGACGUCCAUGCUCACGCCGCACACCCGGGGCUCCGUCAGCCGCAAGAGGACGCCCAUCAAGCUCAUCAAAACCGUCAUGGUGGUGCUCGGAGCCUUUGUGGUCUGCUGGACCCCCGGCCUGGUGGUCCUGCUGCUGGACGGCCUGAACUGCACCAGCUGCAAGGUGAUGAAACUGAAGCGCUGGCUGCUGCUCCUGGCCGUUGCCAACUCCGUCAUGAACCCCUGCAUCUACUCCUACAAGGACGAGGAGAUGUGGACCACCUUCAAGAACCUCCUGCGCUGCAUCGGCCACGGCACGCGGCGCCAGCGCUCCACGCGGGCCAACACCCGGCCCUUAAGCUCCGCCCUGGACACGGUUACCAGCCAGCCUCCGUCCGAGGAAACCAAGAUCGAGGACGAGGACGAGGACGUCUUUCGGACCUGAGAACGGAAUGGGUGCUCUUGGAAGAACGUAGGGGUCCGCCUAGAAAGCGGACGUGAAGGUCCUCUGUGGUCUGGAGUCCACCCUGAGAGAAACCUUGCCUUGGCCCUCACAGAACCUCUGGGUCAGGUCCAACUGAGAGGACACCCAGCUGCCAGUCGGCCGGGAGGAAUAUCAGCGUUUUCUCUUGCUACAAUCGCAUCCUUUUCAAAACGCAACUUGGUUUUUUUCCAGCUGGAGACAAACGUUAUUUAUCUCUCAAAAACUCUAUUGGACGUCUUCACUGCAGCCUCUGUUUUUAUAUCGCAUAAUGUACAGAAGUCACUUCCUGUUUUUAUAUCGCAUAAUGUACAGAAGUCACUUCCUGUUUUUUAGUACAAAAAGGUUUGUUUUGUUUUUUUUACACUGAAUUUUUGUUAACAUCAAAUUAUGUUGACAAUUUCAUUGAAUGAAAAUGUGUUUAGAUUAUUCAGGCAAAAAAUUGAGGAUUCAUUUAAGUGAGUUUUGAAGUAGCAAAUAUGUCUGCACUGAAUGUAUAUACACUGAAUUUUUUUGUGAACUGUAUUUUAUUUUAUUUUUUUUACAUCAAAUGAUGCUGACAAUUUCAUUGAAUGAAAAUGUGUGCUUUAAAAUGUGUAUAAGUGUGUAAAAUAUCUGUGUAAAGUGUUCAUUCAUUGUAUACACAUUCAGUGUAAAAAAAAUGUAUCACUAUUAAAAUUCAGUGUAAAAAAAUCACUAUUAAAAUUCAGUGUCAAAAAAUCUCUAUUAAAAUUCAAUGUAAAAAAAAUCACUGUAUUAAAAUUCAGUGUAAAAAAAAAUCACUGUAUACAAAUUCAUUCAUUGUAUACACUUUCAGUGUAAAAAGAAAUCACUAUUAAAAUUCAGUGUCAAAAAAAUCACUAUCAACAUUCUGUGUAAAAAAAAAAAUCACUGUAUACAAAUUCAUUCAUUAUAUACACAUUUAGUGUAAAACAAACACUUAAAAUUCAGUGUAAAAAUAAAAUCACUAUUAAAAUUCAGUGUAAAAAAAAAUAGAUAGCUAGAUAGUACUUUAUUGAUUCCUUUAGGAGACAAAUCACUAUACAAAUUAAUUCAUUGUAUACACAUUCAGUGUAAAAAAAAAAUCACUAUUAAAAUUCAGUGUAAAAAAAAUCACUAUUAAAAUUCAGUGUAAAAAAAUCACUGUGUACAAAUUAAUUCAUUGUAUACACAUUCAGUGUAAAAAAAAUCACUAUUAAAAUUCAUUGUAAAAAAAAUCACUAUUAAAAUUCAGUGUAAAAAAAUCACUGUAUAUAAAUUAAUUCAUUGUAUACACACUCAGUGUAAAAAAAUCACUAUUAAAAUUCAGUGUCAAAAAAUCACUAUUAAAAUUCAGUGUAAAAAAAACCCAGCUGUAUUAAAAUUCAGUGUAAAAAAAUCACUGUAUACAAAUUCAUUCAUUGUAUACACAUUCAGUGUAAAAAAAAAAUCACUAUUAAAAUUCAGUGUAAAAAAAAUCACUAUUAAAAUUCAGUGUAAAAAAAAACACUAUUAAAAUUCAGUGUAAAAAAAAAUCACUAUUAAAAUUCAGUGUAAAAAAAUCACUACAAAUUCAGUGUAAAAACAUUCACUGUAUAAAAAUGAGUGUAUAAAUAAUUCAGUAAUAAAACAAUUUGGUGUAUAGAAAAUUCAGUGUAUUAAAAAUUCAACUUGUAAAAAUUCAGUGUAUUAAAAAUUCACCAAUACAUUUCAGGGUGUACAAAUUCAGUGUGUACAAAUUCAAUGUAUAACAGAUUCACUAUUAAAGGUCGGUGUAAAAAUUCAAUGGAUAAAAGAUUCACUAUUAAAUGUCAGUGUGUAGAAACUCAGUGUGUAAAAAUAUAUUUAGGUUAGAAAAAUGUUUAAAAGAAAAUAAUACAGUGUAAAAAAAUCAGUGCAGAAAUAUUCAUUGCUUCAAAGUCAAGACCUUUUAUGGUGGCUUACCACCUCACCUUUUCCUGUUUGUGAAAUAUUACUGUAAAGGCAUCCAUACUGCAACCGUUCAUCAUCAAAUAAGCCUUUAUGCUGAUGAUAUAUUACUUUUCUUACAAAAUCCACAUUCUUCUCUUCAAGAUACAAUCUCAGUCAUGAAUACAUUCAGCUCUAUUUCAGAUGACUCCAUCACUGAGAGCGGCCCAUUCUUUCACAAAUGUUUGUAGAAACAGUCUCCAUGCCUAAGUGCUUGAUUCUAUACACCUGUGGCCAAGUCAUUAGGUCACCUGAUUCUGGACAUUUGGAUGGGUGGCCAAAUACUUUUGGCAAUAUAGUGUAUCAUCAACGGAAACAGUUUUAUCUAUUUUAAACAUUUAAUAACACGAUGUGUAAUAAAUCCAGCACAUUCCUUGAAUAUAUACAAAUCAAAUCUGUAAUCAGCGCAAGAUUCAACAAAACAACAUGGGAAAGUAAUCCCAUGACUGUUUGAUUAUUCAAAACAUCUGCCCCCAAAUUAUCCAAAUGAUAUGCUUUAUUAUCAAAAAAAGAUAACACAAAAGGUAUCCAGACUUCCAAAUGGCACUCGGGCGUAUCCACAAGCUGUGACCCAGAAUUCUGGAAACAAAUAUGCCUCGAUACUUCUCGUGUGAUUUGGAAUCCAAAUUUACGGCUGAUUCAGCUCAAAAUACGUUACAGAACACAUUACACCGGUCUAAGAAUGUGCAGUCGCCAUCAAAAGUUGACAUACACUUGUAAAGAACAUCAUGUCAUGGCUGUCUUGAGUUUCCAAUCAUUUCUACAACUCUUAUUUUUUUGUGAUAGAGUGAUUGGAGCACAUACUUGUUGGUCACAAAAAAAACAUUCAUGAAGUUUGGUUCUUUUAUGAAUUUAUUAUGUGUCUACUGAAAAUGUGAGCAAAUUACUGUAUCAAAAGUAUACAUACAACAAUGUUAAUAUUUGCUUACAUGUCCAUUGGCAAGUUUCACUGCAACAAGGCACUUUUGGUAGCCACCCACAAGCUUCUGCUUCAAUUUUUGAGCACUCCUCUUGACCAAAUUGGUGCAGUUCAGCUAAAUGUGUUGGUUUUCUGACAAGGACUUGUUUCUUCAGCAUUGUCCACACCUUUAAGUCAAGACUUUGGUAAGGCCAUUCCAAAACCUUAAUUCUAACCUGAUUUAUCCAUUCCUUUACCACUUUUGACGUGUGUUUGGGGUCAUUGUCCUGUUGGAACACCCAAUCUGAUGAUUUUAGCUCGUCCUGAAGAAUUUGGAGGUAAUCCUCCUUUUUCAUUGUCCCAUUUACUCUCUGUAAAGCACCAGUUCCAUUGGCAGCAAAACAGGCCCAGAGCAUAAUACUACCACCACCAUGUUUGACGGUAGGCAUGGUGUUCCUGGGAUUAAAGGCCUCACCUUUUUCUCCUCCAAACAUAUUGCUGGGUAUUGUGGCCAAAGAGCAAAAUUUUUGUUUCAUCUGACCACAGAACUUUUCUCCAGAAGGUCUUAUCUUUGUCCAUGUGAUGUCAGAUGAAACAGAAAUGUAGUUCUUUGGCCACAAUACCCAGCAAUACCACAAUUAUUGGCCAUAAUACCCCAACGGUGCUGCCCAACUGCCCUGCGAAAGUCCCUCCUGCUUUUUUUCUGCCCUUAUUUUUAAAAAAAAUCUAUUUUAUUUAUGUAUUUAACAUUAGGUACACUUACAAGGUUUUUUUUAUUAUUACUGCAUUACACUGAGACCCAUUUCUGUUUUAUUUUGACGGUGCCAACGAUGAAAGCCCCCUCCGUCACAAACGACCUUUAUUUUGGUGAAGCCAGAACCUUAUGUCGGUGUCCCUAAUAAAGUGUCCUCCAGGUCAAUUAGUGCUGCUGAUGGAGGCAAAACUUGUUCUUCCUGUCUUUCCAACUCGACGACAUCCUCUUCCUGUUUCCUCCACGGCUUCUAAGGAAAAGAUGUCACAACACCGAAUUCUUGAAUAGUUCCUCAGACACGGCUCUUAAUAACCGCUUGGAGCAGUCAAUAAUGUAUCGUUAUAAAUGUACAGUGUCAGUCUGGAUCAAUACAUUUACUGUGGUUUUACAGCAUAUUAUAGUCAAUGGAAAAACACUAACACUGUUUUUUUUUUGACAGUAAAAAAAACAAAAACCUGGCAGCUCAGUCGCCAGAAUUUUACUGUAACUUUUUUUUUUUUUUUUUUUUUUACAGUAUAUUGCUGUAAAUAGAGAAAGAGUACCACUGAUUUUUCAUGUGUACAGUAAAAU